AUGGACAACUACAUUGACACCCGGUUUGAGAGGCUCGAGAAGGCGCUAUCAAACCUGAUUGACUCUGUUACCAAAUACCACCCGUCUACGACUCAAGCCGAAGAGCUCAAAGCAGCUGACAUUGACUUGAGCAGAGGGCUUGAGGAAGUCCAGACUCACCAGAACAAUCAUCUUCGCAUCCAAAAGCUUCGUCAGUCUUCGGCUCUCCUGGAUGCUCAAAUACGCGACACCCUCAACAGCCUGGCCAACACGCGCAGAGACAUCGUCACCACGCACGCAACGACGUAUCCUUCGGAUCCGUAUUACCCCAUUGCAUACGAGGAACUUUUGAGCUAUGCCCGUCGCAUCAGCAAGACCACCUUGCCUCCGGCAGCAACCAUGGAGGGCGUCGCUACACCGCCCGAGUCACAAACGCCCAAUCCUGAUUCCAAUCCACCGUCCGCGCUGACACCAUCAGCCCGCACACCGUCGCAACCUCAGAGUCCUGCCCCUCAUGGAACACCUGCCCAGGUGACCUCGGAGCAGGCCACGCAGCAAACUGCAACGAGCUUGAACACGAGCUUGCCCGAGGUGAUGAGUCAAUAUCUCAACCCGUUAUCCGGGCAACUGUUCUUCCCGUGGCCACUGGAAGACAAAAUACGCUCUGGAGCCUUGGCGUCAUAUCAGAUCCUCGUGGAACAAGGUAUAGAUCCGAAGGGAUACGAUCCUGCUACAGAGGAGGAGCGAAAGCGAAAAGAAGAGGAGGAACGCAAAGCCAGGGAAGAGCGGGAGAAGGUUGAGCGCGAGGAGAAGGAGAGACAGGCUCGCGAAGAACGCGAAAAAGCUCGUGUAGAAAGGGAAAAACAGAGAGAGAAGGAACAGGAAGCAUGGAGGCGGGCCAGCCUCGCCAGCGGUCAGCCAGAUGGCUCUGGGUCGUCUAGGCCGAACGUCGGUGUCGCGGAAAAGAAACAAUUCCAGUUUACGAAUCUGGAUGAUCUGGACGAUGACGAUGAUGAUGAGUGA